AUGGUCGGGGUUUUUGGCUUACGGGAGAUUGUGGCAUGGCUGGCUCUGGCCACCGUGCACCGGUGGUUGGGGUCGAGACAACCUUUUAAUUCUGAUCUUCGUUCCUCUUCUUGUCCUGGUGUUGGGCUUGGAGGGGUCCUCUGGUGGCGGCUCUUGACGCGGCUCGUGUGGGUUCGUUGCUUUCGGGGUGGGUUGGGGGUGGAGUUCAUCGCGAGUCUCCUUGGGGUUGACCCGGUGGUGGCCACUCGGCAACAAGAGAUUAAUGGAAUAUGCAGCAGUUGGAAAGAAAUCAACGACGAACAUAAGAAUUUAAAGUGCAUAAAAUAA